ACAAUGACGAGGAGCAGCCCGCGCUUGAUGGAGCGCCGGCGGACGGAGGUGAUUGCGCGACGAGUAGACAUAUUUGAAAACGAAUCCGCAUUUCUGUAGACAGUGACGUUAGUGUCAGAUUGGCUUUAUGCAUCCAGUCUCUUGAAGAAAGCCUAUCUUCGAAGAAGUUACUUGCCUCAACCUUGAGGGAUGUUCUACAGCUACGAUGUACUACACCCCCGGAAGGGCAAGUUGGCGGUCGUGUGGCUGGCUGCUACGGGUCGCUUACAGUUCAAAAAGCGACAGGAUAGGAAUUUCAAGGAAGCCAUGGGCGUCAAAAUUUGCAGGACCUGUGAUGAGAUACUUCGGUAUGUAGUGUUGAAGAAAGUGACAUCACUUGGUAAUGAAAAAGGCCGGUUCUCACUUUACUUGUCAACAAUGCUCAUGUAUGGAACUGUCAUGCUAUACAGGCGACAGGUACACUUCUUAUUAGAUGAAGUCAUGGGGACAUACGAGAAGUUGCAACAUCAAAGUGCACUACUUUUAGAUCUUGAUACUAGUUCUGGAGGACAUUUGCGAGUCACAAUGCGGGAGCCCUUGAUGGCAGACUAUAUGAACCUGGAUUGGACCCUUUCGACCCUCCCGUCUUUGCCAACCUUGGAUACUUCUGUCACCACUCCAAGAAAGAGAGACACUACUUCAACCUCACCAUCCGCUGAGAUAGAGACCAUGAGACUUGAAGUCGUUACAGAGUUUACAGGAGACAUUGAUGCUCAUACUCUGUUGGGGGAUUGGAUAGAGACUCCCACCAGAGCACGGCCAGAGGACAUAACACUUCGAGAGCAAGACCUGACUACCACAAGUACACAACCAUUUGCUCUACAGAUCCCUGAGUUGCAAGAGGAGCAGCUCUUGGGACCUACUGAUUUAGGCCCCCCAUUUUUGCUCGAGGGUCCUUUGGCAGAACUACCCCUAGUCCCUACUCUUGAGAAUGUGACUAGACAGCUAGACCUUGGUGGUCAGGAGACAGGAGGCAAGAAGUCUGAUGAGGAACCUGAGAAGACCAAAAGUCCUGAGAAAGAACAAGCAUUGAUCACAGGAGAGCAGGAACUAUCUGAGAUGCCACCACCUGCAGACAAACAAACAGAGGAUACACAUAGGGAGGAUCAAAUUGUGUCUCAUGUGGAAGAGACACCUAGUGGCCAGCCAACUGUCCCUCAGGCUGAACUCAAAAGAAAACGUGGAGCUCCAGAGCCUACUGUAGAAGAAACACCAGCUAUAGCCCCUCAGGCUCCGCCAACACGUCCUGCUGACACAUCACAGAUCCAUCUAGAACCAGUUGAAGGUCAUAAAACUAAAAGAGGUCGUAGGAAGCGUAAGGCCAGAAAAUUGAUAAUUGAUGAUGUUACACAGAUUUCACGAGAAAGCAUCAGAGAACAGGCCACCAGCUUCCAUGAUACUAUGAGGCAUCAGCUUGCUAGUGAAGAUAAAGUACAUGUACAGUGGUGGGAGAAAAUAAUUCCUUGCAAUCAGCUUCUCACCCAAGUAAGCCACCGACCCAAGAUGGCUGGAGCCUUGAAUGCUCUUUUGUCUCGUGGUUAUCAUUCAGAUCCUCUGAACGAACACUGGGAUUUUCAACACCCUGUUAGAAGGCAGUUACAGCUACCAGAUGACAGUCUCGAGGGUGCUCGUUUUGGUUGGAGCAUAGUGAGUGAGGAUACUCUUUUCCUCCCGGAUGCAUCCUCUCUGCUGUCUUCUAACUUGGAGUCCUCAAGAACAUCUGGAAGUCGAAGCAUGUUACGAACACCAAAUGUCAGUCAGGUGGAACCUGUGCAGCAGGAACUUGUUCAGCUUCUCCCUAUUCAAGAAGAACAGAUUGAUGCAGAAAGGCAGAGUGUUUCAGUUGACCAGGCUUUACCUCUGCAGGAACAACCACGGGUUGAUUAUCCUGCUGUUGAAAAUCUAGAUAUGAUACAGCCUAUACCUCAUUCAGUAGGUCAUCCACCCUCUGAGGCUAUUCUGUCAGAGUCGACCAUCCUCAGACCUACAAUAGAAGUAGAAUCCAUAGAAGUCAAGCAUGUGGAAACUAGUAGAGAUUCUCAUGCAAAGCACUCUAGUAAGACAGCUAGGCUUGUUAGUGAGGACAUUAGAGCUGCCACACCCCCUGGAGCAUACCCAGCUGUGAGGAGCCAGAUGCUACCUCCUUCCACACCCUCACCACGACGUCCUAUUGGAUCUCCUCAGGUUGCUUGUGAAGUUGUUACUGUUCAGGCUGAUGUACACCAUAUCCCUGCACAUAUGGACAGAAUAUCUGCAGUACCAUUCUCCUCUGAAGAUUUAGAAAUUUUUCCAAUACCUGCCACUGGAGAGUUUGAGGUAAGAGAUGUGGCACCUCAGCUGAUAAGUGGUGGACAGCUCCCAGAAGAGGCAUUCCAAUCUGAGGCACAGCAACAGCCUUCUGAUGUGUCUUUGGCAUACAAACCUCCUGGACCAGUUGUUGGUGAGGAGUCCUUCAUUCCAGGCACUGUUACCCCAAUAAGGCAUCCUUCAGCUCCUCCUAGGAGUGUUGUGACACCAGAUCUUUCACAGCUGUCUCGUUUGGAUACUGAGAAGGAGGUGCUUAACAUCAUAGACAAACAUACAAGUGGGAUUCUUAUUACAUUUACUGACCUGCUGCCAGAGAUACCUACCCGAAAGUCUGUGGUCAGUGUGUUCUCUACUCUACUAGAGCUACAUAAGAAGCGGUUCCUGUCAUUGAGUCAAGAAAAUAACUACGAUGUCAUAUACAUUGAGCGCCUGUGAUAGCAUUGUCUGGAAAUCCUGAUAGCUGAUGGAAUUGCUGCAUGUGAAAUGUAAACCGUUUAUCAACCUUGAAAACAAUAGUUAUAGAAUAGCUUUUAUGAUAUUGCUUUAUUUUAAUAGAACUAAUGUAUUAGUCUUUAACCACAUAAUAUUAUUUCUUAAAUCUUUAUCUUACUUCACAAAGAAUUGAUAUGUGUAUUUUGUAAGUUCCAAUUAAUUAGUAUAUAUGAAAUUCCAUAUAUGUAUGAUGAGGAGUUAAAUUAUGUUUUGUAACCUUAAUAGAAUUUGGAUGCUAAAAGUGCUGAAACUUUUUUGAAUGAAGUUCUAUUCUGUCUUCUUUUUCUGUUCUCUUUUAAGGUUUUCUUUUCCUUUCCCAUACUUUUCUCUUCCCCAGAAUGAAUUAAAUUAUUGAAUUAAUCUAUUUAUACUGAUAUAUUGAUUUAGUACAUUGAUAUUUAUUAUACAUAAGGAUAGAUUUAUUUAUAGUUUUGACAUUUUAUAAGGCAAAUGUAGGAUUUUCCUUUUCAGACUGUGAAACUCUGUUUCUUAUUCUCAUUCUUGUUUUAUUUUCUUCACCUUAUUUAGGUGAAUUUCCCUAAUUUAUUUGCUAUUUAGUAUUAUUUAUUUAGUAACAAUGAAUAAACAGACAAAAUA